UAUGCGUUAGUCUUUACAUAUUGUUUUUCCCUUUUCUUUUCUUUCUUCUUCUUUCUCACACACAUCCCAGGCAACAACAAGAAGCUGCAGAUUUGGGGGUUUCAGAAAACAAUUUUCACUCACUCAGGACCUUCAAUUCAAAGCUCCCCAGUACAUAUGCUAAUAAUGUACAUAUAAAGUCAGAUUUGUUGGACUCAAGAGUUGAAUUUGUAAGACUAGAGUUACUUGAAAUAUUGAAACUUUGAGUUCUGAUCGAGAAAUGGUUGGGAAAUCUUUGGUUUUAUCGACAUGUCCUAGUGUGAUAUCUUCGUAUUCGGUGUCACCCGUUUUGCGAAAUGGGGUUGCAAAGUACUUACCUAAUCUGAAUUCAAGACCCGGAAAGAGACUGGUUAGUAUUAAAGCUACAUCUGUUAAUCCAGGAAAUACCCAGCCACCAUCCGAGCAGAAGAACCCACUUGCUGUUGUUCUUGAAAUUCCUAAGACUAUUUGGCGACAAACUUUGCGACCUUUGAGUGAUUAUGGGUUUGGGAGGAGGAGCAUAUGGGAAGGUGGGGUUGGCUUAUUUCUCGUGUCGUGCACAGUUCUUUUUGUGCUUAGUUUGGCAUGGUUGAGGGGUUUUCAGUUGCGCUCAAAGUUUAGGAAGUAUUUGGCCGUCUUCGAGUUUGCACAGGCUUGUGGUAUCUGUAAUGGUACGCCUGUUAGAAUUAGAGGGGUCACCGUUGGAAAUGUUAUUCGGGUCAAUCCCUCACUGAAAAGCAUUGAAGCAAUUGUGGAGGUCGAAGAUGAGAAGGUAAUCAUACCUCGUAACUCCUUGGUCGAGGUUAAUCAGUCUGGUCUUCUCAUGGAAACUAUGAUUGAUAUAACACCUCGCGACCCAAUUCCGACUCCUACAGUAGGGCCGCUUCAUAUUGAUUGUGUGAAAGAAGGUCUGAUCAUAUGUGACAGACAAAAGAUAAAAGGAAUUCAAGGGGUAAGUCUGGAUGCAUUAGUUGGAAUAUUUACACGCCUUGGACGUGAAGCGGAGGAAAUUGGUGUUGCCAAUACCUAUUCAUUAGCUGUAAGAGCUGCAGCAGUUAUUGAAGAAGCAAGGCCACUCCUUGCGCAGAUCAAAGCCAUGGCUAAAGAUGUUCAACCUUUGUUGUCUGAGGUUCGAGAAAGUGGUUUGCUAAAAGAAGUUGAGAGUUUAACCAAAAGCCUCACACAAGCGACCUUGGAUCUGAGAAAUGUGCAUUCAUCCAUUAUGACCCCAGAGAACACUGAGCUGAUCCAGAAAUCCAUAUACACUCUUAUAUUCACCCUGAAAAAUAUUGAGAGUAUAAGUUCAGAUAUUGUGGGAUUUACUGGUGAUGAAGCUACAAGGCGAAAUCUGAAGUUGCUUAUUAAGUCUCUCAGCAGGCUGUUAUAAUGGAAAUGGGGGUUUGACUACAUGGCUAAAAAGUAUUGGCUUACGGAAGAGAAAAUAGUAUCUCUCUAGGUACUUAUUGUCUGUCUGGCGGGUUAUGUGUUUUCAAAGGGAAGUACAAUGUGGGAUUCUAACAUUGGAGCCUCGUGUUGGUGAAGAGGCCAGAGUUUUUCAGUUGUUGGAUGCAUCGACAUGAACUACUAGGGCAGAAAUUCCUAAAACUUCCAGUCUAGAGUUCUCUGUUUUAUUAAGAAACACAUAUCCUGCAGCUAGGACUUUUUGAAGGGUUUAUGGCCUUACCGGUAAAAAAUUACCAGCAAGCUCUUCUUAAUGUGAAGUUUAUGUUAAAAUAAAGGCCCAGUUAAGAGCA